AUGCAAUGUAAUUCCGAUAAUGUUCUCACUGAUGAAAAGAAACAACUGAUGCGUAAGAAGAUAAUCCCCAACGCGGUACAGAUGCAUAAGGACCGCCUGCUGGUGCAACCACUCAGAGACAACAUCCGUAUUAAACGUUUAACUGGGAAUCUUUGUUCUCAGUUUACGAUUCCCCAGUCUCACCACACCACCGGUGUACCGGAUACCGACUUUGUGUUGUACGUAGCGGCUGGACCAACUGUACGUGAUGUUCUUGCCUGGGCACUAACAUGCAAAACUGACCCCAGCGGCCGCCCUUUAGUGGGUACUGCCAAUAUUGGGUCCAUAAACUCUAUGGGUAUUCUUUCUUUUUCUCGUACCCUGACGCACGAGUUACUACACGCCUUGGGAUUCGAUAAUAACUUAUUUAAAAUAAGGAAUAUGCUUGAUACUGUAUCUGUUCGCAAUAAACCAGCAAACAUUGUUCUGUCCUCGCCCAAAGUGGUGGAAGUUGCGAGGGCUCAUUAUGGGUGCAGUACCAUGCCGUACGUGGAGUUGGAGGAAACGGGUAGCACGUCUGUUGUGAACUCACACUGGAAGAUGCGCAGCGCAAAGGAUGACUUGAUGUCUGCUUUUAACUCUGCAGGUUUCUACACCGCCAUCACCAUUGCGGCGAUGGAGGACACUGGUUACUACAAAGGCAACUACGGCAAUGCUGAAAGCAUGGCAUGGGGUAAGAAUGCCGGCUGUGUGCUGUUUGAUGAGAACUGCGUUAUUAACGGUGUGUCGCAGGUGCCGGCGAUGUUCUGUGACCGUAAAAUUCCUUCAAUAAGUGAGUUCAAGUGCACAUCAGACCGGAUGGGCAUUGGUGACUGCAUGAUGGGAUAUCAUACUAGCUUGCCAUCAUAUUUCCAGUACUUUCCUAAUCAGAAAAAGGGUGGAACUGAUUUCUUCAUGGAUUACUGUCCGUUCAUAAAACCGUUUCCCGACACUAUGUGUUUAAAUGGGGAUACAAGAAUGCUGCCCGGUUCUGUGUUUUCAGAAUCUGCGCGAUGUUUUUCAGCCGUCCCAGAUACUCUUCUCAGGUUAAGUGAUGACCAAAAUGUACUAUCAAUUUGCGCCGACGUGCAGUGUAACAAGGACACCUCUAAGUACCGGGUGCGUGUGAAGGGUACCACUGAAUUUUUAGAUUGCCCACCCGGAAGUACCCUUGUGCUCUCAAAAUACAGUGCUAAUUUUUGGUCUGGCACGAUCGAGUGUGCACCAUACGAGGAGGUGUGCCCUAAAUCCCUUUACCCCAAGAAUGACCGCGACAUCACAACGACUAAAACAACAGCGCCACAUCCGGUACGAGUAAAGGUGCGUACUAGUUGGCUCACACGUUUGUGGCGACUCUAA